UAACCAAAUUCACAGCUUUUCAAAUCCAAAAACACAGAACAGAGGAAUCAAAAGAGAAUUAGGAUACACUGUGGCGAUGCCUGGCGUGCUCCACACCCAUCAUUCUACCUUCUUCUUCCCUCUCCAUCCACCAAUCUCCACCGUCCGUUCCAAAACGCAGUCUUUUCAGUUCCCGCAACCAUUGGCUCCGGCUAACAUCCGUACGAAUCUCUCAGUGCGACGGAGCGUAAAGUGUAUGGCGAACCCGAGACGAGUGAAGAUGGUGGCUAAACAAAUAAUGAGGGAGCUCUCCGACAUGCUUCUCACUGACACGGUCUUGCAACACGCCGUGUUGCCCGAAGCUGCACUUGGAGCCGACCGCUAUCUCUCUUCUCUCACCACAAUCAGCGAUGUCGAGGUCUCUAAUGAUUUGCAGGUGGUGAAAGUAUAUGUAUCCGUGUUUGGGGAUGAUAGAGGGAAAGACGUGGCCAUUGCGGGGUUGAAAUCGAAAGCUAAGUACGUUAGGAGCGAGCUCGGGAAGCGAAUGAAGUUGAGAUUGACCCCUGAGGUCAGAUUCAUUGAGGAUGAAUCCAUGGAAAGAGGAAGCAGGGUAAUCGCAAUACUGGACAAAAUAAAAGCUGAGAAAGGAAGCGAAGGGGGACAAGAACCGUCUGAUUUACCAGAGGAUGAUCAAAAUUGGGAAGUGGAUGAUCCGGACGAAGACAUAAUCUAUGUAAAGUAAUGGUCCGAAGCUGUUGAAGCACCUGAGAAGGAGUGCAUAUUACUCUGAUAAUGCUGGAUUUCCCCUCAGUGAGUCAUCAUAUGUUCAACUCAUUUGGAGGAGUCAAAAGCUGUUAGGUGGUUUAGGAGAGAUCAAUUCACAUUAUUAGUACACUAAGAACAUUCUCAUCAUUUGACUCUUUAAGAGAAUCAGUUUUCCACAAGGAAGAUGUUGAUGGUGAGAGAAAAUGAAUACCAAGCACAUGGUUCCUCCUGUACUGGAUCCUGAAAGUUUCUUUCAUUGACUCAGAUCUCUCUCCAAAGAAAUGUAUUUGUUGUUUUUGUUUUUUUUGAUUAAUCAGCGUAACGAUCAUGUGGUCAUAAACUCUUGUCUUGUAAUGGCUCUGCUGUAAUGUAACGUCUUUGUUAUUCUGCUAGUAGAAGAAAUAAACCGAUUUGGUUUCAAUGUU